UUUUCAGCAAACGUAAAUAUCAUUUAUACGGUUAUUUUGUUUUUACCAUUCUGCUCCAUAACAAUUCUGCUCCAUAGAAACCACAACAAACGUAUUCUUCUUCAUUCUUUGUGAUUCUGCAACGCUUCAAGAAUUAAAUAUCAGAAAAUGAAAAUAGGAAAUAAGGUUUACCUAAAUAACAUUGACCAUAUAGAUGAAAAAUCGCAUAUCAAGGUUCGGGUGCUUAAAAUUUGGAACUUUGUCAGAAAUAAUAAAGUUUGUUCGAUUGAAAUGAUCAUCAUGGAUGAGGAGGGUACACAAUACCAAGCUCGUGUCUUCAAUCAAAAUUUCUCUAGAUUUCGUCAUCUUUUAAAGGAAGAUGAAAGUUAUAUAGUUAUAAAACCCAAUAUGGCUGCUAUUACUAAUGGUUUUAGUUAUACAGGUCAUAAACAGACCUUAACUUUGGAUUGGAAAAGCACCCUAAAAAAAUGUGAUGAUUUCUCGGGUCCAGUCAAUGGAUUUAUGUUUGUUGACUUUAAUUCUAUCAUAGAACAAACAUGCCCAAAAGACACAUUCUUUGAUGUUAUUGGACAUAUCGUGUCAUUUAGGCCUCUUGAAACUUCAAAUCCAGUACCAUCCAAGCAUUAUAUAAAAGUCACUCUUAGCAACCUAGAUUCUGUACAUCUGAAGGUUAUUAUUUUUGGAAGUCAAGCAUAUCAAAUUUCAGAAUACCUAAAAAAUAACCCGACGGUUAAUUUUGUUGUUAUCGUGAUGCAGUUUUUGAAGCUAAACAUUUGGAAUGGUCUUGGUGAAGCUAAAAGUCAUUUUGAAGUAACGAAAUUAUUCAUAAAUUCUGGCAUUUAUGAAAUAAAUGAGUUUAAAAAUAAGUUGAAAUGUCAUGACAAUUUCGGUAUAACUGAAAAAAGCAUAACUACACUUCAAAGCUACUCUUCUUCAUAUACAGAUGACUUUAAGGACAAUUUUCCAUUAAAAACAGUCUGUGAGAUCACCGAACCAAUUAAGGAAAUGAAGUUUUUAUUAGUUGCUUCCAUUGUUAAUAUAAGGCAGAAUCUACCAUGGUAUAUAAUUCCAAUUAACGUACAAGAUUGUACUGGAACCAUUGGAUUGACUCUUUUUGAUAGGGAAGCAAGGAGGUUGUUAAAUAUAAGUGCCUACAAGUUGAAAAAGAUACAUGAUGCGGUCGGAGACAGUGAUGCCCUAUUUCCAAUGCAACUUAACGUGUUGAAAAACCGCAAGUUUGGUUUUGUUGUAGAUAUUACAGAAUACAAUGUCAACAACUAUAAUAACAUCUACACAGUUCUCAGAGUUACAGAAGAUAUGUCCAUUGUUUCUGAAUUGGAAAGUAAAAUAGAACUUAUGAGUAUUCAAUCUGUCUUCUUAAAUCAAGUUGCUUUGGAAUCCGAUGAUGUUGUACAACCUGUUCAAAAGGAUGUGAUCUCACAAACAGACGAAAGUUUUACACCCUCAACAGUUGAUAAGUCAACUGCAACAAGUCCAAGCAAAAUAUAA